AAGGGCAAGCACACAAGCUGUAAGCAAGAAGAGGCGGGAGCGGCUUCGCAGGAGCUCGAUCUCUUGUGCGAACACUAGAAGGAGCUAGGAAGCCAUGGCAAAGCAUCAUCCUGAUCUGAUCAUGUGCCGGAAACAACCGGGCAUAGCGAUCGGCCGGCUGUGCGAGAAGGAUGACGGCAAGUGCGUCGUUUGCGACUCUUAUGUUCGUCCUUGCACGCUCGUGCGAAUCUGCGACGAGUGCAACUAUGGUUCGUUCCAGGGCCGUUGUGUCAUCUGCGGCGGCGUCGGCAUAUCGGACGCGUAUUAUUGCAAGGAAUGCACGCAGCAGGAGAAGGACCGCGACGGGUGCCCGAAGAUUGUCAACCUGGGCAGUGCCAAGACUGAUCUGUUCUAUGAGAGGAAGAAAUAUGGAUUCAAGAAAAGGUGAUAUUUUUCAUGUAUUUAGUCGAGUCACUUGAACACUGUUGCUUUAUAUAGAAUGAUGGGUGACAUCUGACAUUUGAACAUUUGUUAUGUGGUUUUUUAACAUUUAAUGGAAGCGUAGGUCAAAAAAUAUUAA